AUGAAGAGUCCAGUUUGUCAAAAUUUGGAGCAAUUAUUAUACACAACUUCUCGUGCAGACGAAACAUCACAUAAUUGUGUUAUUGUGAUUGAUAAACAUUCUGCACUCACUUUUGGAGCACAUCAGAAUUUGACUGAAAAUCAAGUUGUUACCAUUUAUAAUGUACUGGAUAGCAGUUUACAGUUUGAGGUAUGAAAGGGUACUUAAAGUAUAAUUAAAUAAUACUCUAAGCACAGUUUAACGGGUACCCUUAAGGUACUGGGAUCAUAUAAGGCACGCUUAAAUGCUCGCUUAAACAAUUAAAAGAUGAUUAACGUUAUUUUACGUUAACGCUAAGUGCUUUUUCCAGUGUGUCAUUGGCAAGAGAUUAGACUCUUGUGAUUUGGUGUGUCUCAAAGUCAUUGACGGCGAAUUCCCUGUGGUUCCAAAGUUGGAUGGUUCGAUUUCUGAGGGUCGAGAAUAUAUGAUGGUUGGGUUGGAUGCUGAAAGAUGUCCGAUUUGGAGGGAUGGAGUGAUUUCUGAGAGAAAGGGUAGGUCGAGUGCAAACCGGAAGCUUCCGCGAAGCGGCACUAUCUUCCGCGCAGCGGUAAGGCUUAGGCUUAAGCCUAGGUCGAGCGCCCCCGGCGCGAGUGUGGACCGGAAGCUUCCGCGAAGCGGUAAGGCUUAGGCUAAGCCUAAGGUUUCGGAUAAGCCUAAGGUCUCUGAUAAGCCUAACGUUUAGGGUAAGCCUAAGGUCUAUGAGAAGUCUAACGUUUCGGAUAAGCCUAAGGUCUCUGAUAAGCUUAAGGCUCGGGCUUAAGCCUCAUAUCAAGUCGAUCGCUUUUUGCGCGAGUGUAAACCGGAAGCUUCCGCGUAGCGGUAAGGCUCAGAUCUGGAAAUGUUCACUUUACGUUUUUUACGUUUUGCGGGUUUUUACCCUAAAAUCCAUUUAAAAAAAUUUUAAAUAAAAUUUUGAUCAAAUCAAUUAAUUUUUUAUGGAUAAAAUAUGUUGGAGUUACGAUAAGUUACCAAUUAUUAAAGAAAAUUUUGAUGUUUUCAGUGAAGCAGUUCGGCUCAGCCGUUUGGUUAAAUCAAGCCCCUAAUCCCUUAUCCCAGGGCCUGGGCCCCAGGCCUUAACUACCCAAGCACCACAUUUACAGAAGAAGAAACCUACUACACCGGAACAUCUGAAGGAGAUUUCCCGGGUGCUGGAAUUUUCGACAAGUGUGGAAGAUAUCUCGGAAUUGUCAUCGACAAAGAUCUAACUGAAUCAGCUGACAACCGAAUUCGAAUAAUUGGUCAAGAAGAUAGUCUGGCGAUAUGUGACCACAUGAAAUCAGCUAAAAAAUAUGUGCAUUCUCCGGACUGGGAGUACUGUGAAUCACCACCAAGCUAUGGACAGGCGGCUUCUCCAGCCUAUAGUUAUGGAUCGCCAAGCUAUAGACAGGCUUCUCCAGCCUAUAGUCAUGGAUCACCAAGCUAUGGACAGGCGGCUUCUCCAGCCUAUAGUUAUGGAUCACCAAGCUAUGGACAGUAUUCACCAGACUAUAGUCAUGGAUCACCAAGCUACACACAAUAUUUUUCGGUUAACGGACAGUACUAUAGCUAUACAUGA